GGCGGUUUUGCGACCGGGCAGGAGCGGGACUCUGGACUGAUGCGGAGGGGGCGCGCCGGUGAGGGGGACGUGUGCGCAGGGCCUGAUGGCUACAAAAUCCCAGAGCAGCGCUCCCAAAACCAAGAGUCUGGGCAGCACCACCAAUGGCAAGGCUGAGUCCCGAGGGCAGUGGGGCCGUGCCUGGGAGGUGGACUGGUUCUCCUUGGCGAGUGUUGUCUUCCUGCUGCUCUUUGCUCCUUUCAUCGUCUACUACUUCAUCAUGGCCUGUGACCAGUACAGCUGCUCGCUGACCGCCCCCGCACUGGACCUUGCCACUGGACGAGCUCGACUGUCGGACAUCUGGGCCAGGACCCCACCUGUGACCAAGAAAUCAGCCCAGAUCUACACCCUGUGGGUCACCUUUCAGGUGCUUUUGUAUGCAUUGCUUCCUGACCUCUGCCAUAAAUUUCUGCCAGCCUACGUAGGAGGAGUACAAGAGGGGGCCGUGACCCCUGCAGGGGUUGUGAACAAGUAUGAGAUCAAUGGCCUGCAAGCCUGGCUCCUCACACACCUUCUCUGGUUUGCAAACGCUCACCUCCUGUCCUGGUUCUCUCCCACCAUCAUCUUUGACAACUGGAUACCGCUGCUGUGGUGCGCCAACAUGCUCGGCUAUGCUGUUUCCACAUUCGCAAUGGUCAAGGGCUACCUUUUCCCCACCAAUGCCAAGGACUGCAAAUUCACCGGCAAUUUCUUUUACAACUACAUGAUGGGCAUUGAGUUUAACCCCCGAAUUGGGAAGUGGUUUGACUUCAAGCUGUUCUUCAAUGGACGCCCCGGGAUCGUCGCCUGGACCCUCAUCAACCUGUCCUUUGCAGCCAAGCAGCAGGAGCUCUACGGCCAAGUGACCAACUCCAUGGUCCUGGUCAACAUCCUGCAGGCCAUGUAUGUGCUGGACUUCUUCUGGAAUGAAGCUUGGUACCUGAAAACCAUUGACAUCUGCCACGACCACUUUGGGUGGUACCUGGGCUGGGGUGACUGUGUCUGGCUGCCAUACCUGUACACGCUGCAGGGUCUGUACUUGGUCUACCACCCCGUGCAGCUCUCCACCCCGCACGCCAUGGGUGUCCUGCUGCUGGGCCUGCUGGGCUACUACAUCUUCCGGAUGGCCAACCAUCAGAAGGACCUGUUCCGCCGCACAGAUGGGCGCUGCCUCAUCUGGGGCAGGAAGCCCAAGGCCAUCGAGUGCUCAUACACAUCGUCCGAUGGGCAGAGGCACCACAGCAAGCUGCUGGUAUCAGGCUUCUGGGGCAUGGCCCGCCACUUCAACUACACAGGUGACCUGAUGGGCAGCCUGGCCUACUGUCUGGCCUGUGGCGGGGGCCACCUGCUGCCCUACUUCUACAUCAUCUAUAUGGCCAUUCUGCUGACUCACCGCUGCCUCCGCGACGAGCACCGCUGUGCCAGCAAGUAUGGCAGGGACUGGGAGCGGUACACUGCUGCUGUGCCUUACCGCCUGCUGCCAGGAAUCUUCUAAGGACCAUCCCAGGGAGAAGGUCCUUGCAAGGAGGUGGCAGGGCACGGAGAGCAGGUGGAGACAGGUCUACGGGGCUGGCAUCUCAGCUCCACCCUCCAGGAGCCUCAGUUUCCUCAGCUGUAAAAUGGAAAGAGCCUGGCGCUUGGCAAGUGUCAGGGAAACAUCAGGGCUCUCUCCUUUCCCCUGGUCCUGACAGCAGUCCUGAGAGUUUACAUCACUGCCUUCUCACCAGCAGAAAUAACUGAUAUUCUCUAUGUAGAGGACCUUGGACAGAUGGACGACCUGGUCACUUUUAAUAGCCCUUUGGUGACAGUUUGUGGUGGGAGGCUUGGCUGCAAUACUGCCUAGACAACCUGUGUUUGGCACUUAGCUCGAUGUCUUCCAGGUCCCUGUGUUUAGUCUACACUUAUUCUUGCUAAAUAAAAGUUGA